CCUUGGCCAUAUUCUCUCUCUCUUUCUCUUUCUCCUUCUUUCUCUUUCUUCGUGGGCUGACUCACUCUCUCGAUCAGGUAAACGUAAACCUGCGCUGGCUGCCACUUCAUGUCCGAUUCCUGAAUCAGUCGCACAGGCACUAGCGAGUCGAGCGCUCCUCGUGUUGUUCUCUCGAUCGGGCCCCACGAUUGUCACGAUUCGUCGUUGAUCCUUCAAUACGUAGUCCAGAAAUUACGCGGACCACGACUGGAUUCUAAUCGUUCAGAGCAUUUCCUCAGAUUUAGCAGGGGAGGGAGACAUGGAGUCGUGGCUGAGCGACGUUCAACGUGUGCGGAUCCCGCGGCCCAAAUUCGGCAGCGGCAAUUCCGUGCGGCGAUCGAACUCGGCGGUGCAGCAUUCGACGCGCUCGGAGAUGCACUCCCAUCGACAGGGUCAGGACGUGGCCAAGGCCACGGAGGAGCUGCGCCAGGCGCUCCAGGACAAGCUCUGACCGACCUCGCGGCCGUCGUAGGGUUCCGGCGAGGGCGCGAGAACUUACUUCACGUACCUUCCUCGCCAUCCUCGUACCUGCCUGUCAUGAAGAGAGCCUGCUCGACGACGAGUGAUCUCGAAUCGUUGAAUUUCCAAUCGCCGUUAUCGAGCGUUUUUAAAGUUUCCGAAUUUUAAGAUAAUUUUUUAAUGUAGAUUUUUAGAUAAUAAUUAU